CGGCCCCUUCCCUGACAGCGCCGAGGCAAGCGGAGCCGAGCGAGCCGGGCGGCCUUUAAGGGAGCCAGCGCCCGCCCCGGCGGCCAGUCCGGCGGGGGGCGGCGGGGCGGGCCGGGGGCGGCCGGGGCGCGGGCGGCGCGGCGCCGCGGCGCUCGGGGAGCGGGCCCAGGCCCCGGGAGCCCGGCGGGGCAGGGCAGGGCGAGGCGGCGAAGGGAGGCCCAGCCGCGACCCGGCGCCUGUUUGCCCCACCGGCGGCGACCCGGCGCCCGGGGGCUGCUGAGGCGGGGAGCCGAGAGCUAACGGACGGGAGGUAGCGGAGCCGAGCGAAGGCUGCGAGCCUGGUGCGCCCCGGCCCGGCCCGGCCCGGCCCGCCGCUCGCCCCCUCCCCUCCCUUCCCCUCGCCGCGCCUCCUCCCCUCGCCUCUUCUCGCCUCCUCUCCUCUCCUCCGCCCGGCGCUGCUCCCGCCUGCGCCCGGGCCGCCGAACCCAGCCCUGCCGGAGCCCCCGGCUUCGCGCGCUCUCGGCUGGGCCCGGCGGGGACCGGGUCCCCGCGGCUGACACCGUCCCUCCUCGGGGACCCGGCGGAUUCCGGACCUUUCGGAACGUGAACUGAGCCGUGGGAGCGAUCUUGCCCAGGGCCGACCGCGGGGCUAGGCUGAGCUGACCCUCGCGGCCGCUCCGGACGCCGCGGGUGCCCCGGGGCGCGGACGUUCUGGGUCCGAGCUGAGCGCGUCCCGGGCUCCCGGCGGUGCCAGCUCACUCCAGGCGGGGUAGGGCAGGGCAGACCCCAGCGGAGCCCGGACCCGGCCGAUCUGGACUGGACAAAGCGAAUCCUGGACGGUGCAGAGCCCGGGGAAUGCCGGGCGUGGGCUGAGGGGAUCCCGGCGCCCUCCCAGCCCUCCGACUUUGGCUCACGCGCUGGGACCGGCCCGGCGUCUCCUCGGCCUCCCCGCGCCCCGGUCACCUGUGGCCUCGGAGCCCCGCAUCUGCCGGACCCUCGCUCUCCCGACCCCGAGCCUGGAGAGGCUUGAGAAAGAUUUUUUCUGCCCCCUUCCCUGGAGCGCGGAGGCCCCGCCCCCUCCCACCGCCCAGAUGUCUCCGGUCACUGCUCGGAGGACCUCCCUGAGGCCCGGGGCCGAAGGGUCCAGAGAGAGAAGCCCGCCCUAGGGAGCCUUGGGGGCCCCCCAACCCCGUCUUGGGGCUUGGCCCCCGACGCUGCUUGGAGGGAAGGCCGGUGCCCCCACCCUCGGGGGCUGCCCUCUUCCAAUCCAGCUCCCCCCGAGAGCUGCCCAUAUCCGGAGCCCCUUCCACAUCUGGAAGACCCUGGCCACCAUCCCUCUGCAGGUGUCAGUUGUAUCCAGAGACCUCUGCCUUUGCAACUGUCUAGGAGUUGUGAGGGGAUCCCUGCUGCCUUCCCCCAUCCCAAGGGCAUCUCUUACCCUUAGUCCCUGCAGAGUCAUCCCCCUGCCUCUGUGUUCAAGCUCAGGCAGAGAUCAGCUCUGCACACCCACAGGCACUUCAAGACCUGGAGGCCACUCCUGGGACCCAAGGUCCCUCCCCCUGCUCUCCUGUGUCCUCACCUUGACCCCCUCUGCCAGACUCUGUCUCCCUCUGGGUGUCCCACUCCCCACCCAGAGGCAGAGGAGGCUGGGUGGCAGGGGGCAGGGGCUGGUUGAGGGCCGCCCAGGGCCAGGGUGGGCUGGGGGGCCGUUAAGAUGUGGAGCUCUGCCCAGCCGAGGGGGGCUCCGUGGAGGCAGACGCAGCGUGUGCCCAGCUGGGGGGAGUAUGGGCAGGCCUGCGGCCACGUGGUAAACGAUGAACAUUCGGGGCGCCCCGGACCUCGGGCAGCCCAGUGACGACCCCAGCAGUGGUGGUGAGCGGGAGCGGAUUCGACAGCGCAUGAAGAUGGUCAUCGGGCAGCUUGAGGGCAUCCUUCGCGAGCUCAAGGAGGUGGCCAAGGAGCUGAGGGAGGUGGUGAGCCAGAUCGAUAAGCUAACCUCGGACUUCGACUUUGAACUGGAGCCGGACGACUGGACCACGGCCACUGUGAGCAGCACCUCUAGCAGUGACAAGGCGGGCGUGGGCGGCCCCUUUGACCUGGGCCACCUGGACUUCAUGACAGCUGAUAUCCUCUCAGACAGCUGGGAGUUCUGCUCCUUCCUGGACGUCUCUACCCCCUCGGACUCCGUGGAUGGUCCCGAGUCGACUCGGCCAGGGGCUGGCCCUGACUACCGCCUCAUGAAUGGUGGCACGCCCAUCCCCAAUGGGCCACGAGUGGAGACCCCAGACUCCUCCAGCGAGGAGGCCUUCGGUGCUGGCCCCGCGGUGAAGAGCCAGCUGCCCCAGCGGACCCCAGGGACGCGGGAGAGGGUGCGGUUCAGUGACAAAGUGCUCUACCAUGCUUUGUGCUGUGAUGAUGAGGAGGGGGAUGGUGAGCAAGAGGCAGAGGAGGAAGAGGUGGGCUUGCCCCCCGAGCCUGCCCGUACAGAGGCCCACGCAGGCCCCCACAAGCCCUCCCCAGCCCCCUACAAGUCACGGCGCUCUCCACUGACCAGCCGCCACUCAGGCUCUACCUUGGCCCCUGAACAGACUCGAAGGGUCACGAGGAACAGCAGCACCCAGACAGUGUCAGACAAGAGCACGCAGACGGUUCUGCCCUACACAGCCACUAGACAGAAAGCCAGGGGGAAAAACUAGGGGCCGGGGAGGGAGCCGGGGGAGGUGGGCACAUAGAGCUAUAAAUAUAUAUAUAUAUAUUUAAACAAAUGAAGUCAUAAUAAAAUUUAAAAAUGCUAAGGA